AUGCCAGCACUUCUCUCGAGAAUGAUUCGCAUUGCUACCGUUUCGCCAAGAAUGAUGGCCACCGCAGCCGCCAGAGCGGUCCCCGCUCAGGAAUAUGAUCCAAAAAGAACUUUCUAUCAUAAGGAUCUUGAAAUCGAAGUGAUCAGCCCACAAUUCAUGCUCCCAAAGCCGAAAGACCCAACUGCAUUGAAAUUUGGUCACACUUAUGCAGACCACAUGAUGCAGUGCGACUGGGACCAAGAUAAAGGAUGGAUGGCGCCAAGAAUAGAACCACUUCGCGAGUUCCGCAUCCAUCCAGGUGCAAAGGUCCUCCAUUACGCCAGUGAGUUGUUCGAAGGAAUGAAGGCGUACAGAGGAGUCGACAAUAAAAUCAGAUUGUUCCGCCCAGAAAUGAAUAUGGCUCGCAUGAAAAGAACUGCUCUUCGCGCUGCUCUUCCAGAUUUCGAUGGAGAAGAAUUGAUUCAAAUUAUAUGCGAUAUGCUUCGAAUUGAUCAGGAAUGGGUCCCAUAUUCCGAUGUCUGCUCCCUUUACUUGCGACCAACUUUGAUUGGAACCGACCCAACCCUUGGUGUUGGAUGCGCUAACACUGCUAAGCUUUUCGUCAUCACUGGACCAGUAGGAGCUUACUACGCAACUGGUUUCCAACCAGUCAGUCUUCUCGCUGAUUCUCGAUUCAUUCGCGCUUUCCCAGGAGGAGUUGGAGCUUACAAAAUGGGAUGCAACUAUGCUCCAACUAUCUGGGUAGGAAAGGAAGCCGCCAACAAGAACUGCCAACAAGUCUUGUGGUUGUAUGGAGAGAGCGAGGACCUAACCGAGGUCGGAACAAUGAACAUUUUCCUCUUCUGGAAAAAUUUGGAAGGCGAUUUGGAGCUGAUCACGCCGCCACUCCACAGAGGCCUUAUUCUUCCAGGAGUUACCAGAGACUCAUUGCUUGAACUCGGUAGAGAAUGGGGAGAGUUCAAAGUGACUGAAAGAACCCUGAACAUGGGAGAAGUAAAAAGGGCAUUGGAUGAAAAGAGGCUCUAUGAAAUGUUCGGAGCAGGAACUGCCUGCGUCGUUUCGCCAGUCGGAAAAAUUCUCUACCAUAACAAAGAAACUGAUGACUAUGAAGAGUGGCACAUUCCAACGAUGGUAAGCAAGUACGGAGUGAUGAAGCGAUUCUUCAACACAAUCAACGAUAUCCAAUAUGGCCGAAUUAUUAAAGACAACUGGGUGCGAGAAAUCUAA